AUGCCCGGGAUAAAGAAAAGGGGAAGAAAGAAACAGACGAAUCUUGGGAACCAGGGGAAUCGAAUGAGGGGAUUGGGUUUUCAGCUGUGCCUCGCGCUCGCGGAUCUUCUGCAUCUGGAGCAUCCGUUCCAUGACGAGCUCGUACUCGCACUUCUCGUAAGUGUGGCGCUCGGACUCGCACUUCCAUGGCAGGUAGAACUCCGCCUGCCGGCAUUUGUUGAGUGGGAUCAGCAAAUGGGCACAUUGGUCUCGGUAAGGGAUCGGCACCUUCGCCGCCACCAUCUCCUCCUGGGUCGCAAUCAUUUUCUUAGACGAACCCGGAACCUCCAUUGUCCAAGGAAUGGAUUGAUGAAUACUCGGAUUUGGGAUCUUAUUCAGAUUUCGUUUUUGGUUUCGAUUUGGGGAAUGGGUGUCUUGCUAUUGGUAGGGUUCGCUGCUUGCCAGUCGCCACACGAGUCGAGGUCCCACCGCUCGAGUCGAAGCCUCAAAGGUCUCGCCGUCGCCGUCUCCGCCGCUCGAAGGUCGUCGACUAGCCGCACACCGGGGUUGAGAGAGACGAAGAUGAGACUUGAGAGUGAGAGACUAGGGUUUACGUUUGUGAAUGAAAUUAGACCACGACGCGACUCUGUUAAGUGUUAA